AUGAUCCCCUGGAUUACUAACCUUCUGUCUUCCCGGAACUCCCGUGUGACCAACCCUCAAUCUCUAUUGCACAGGGCGAAUGGCGGUCGUGUUGAGAAAAUUCACAGACGCCGACAACGAAAGCUUCCACGACGAUCCAGCGGACUACUAGAUGUAUCUCACCAAGGGUUGUACACAGACAUCAUUGAGCAAAACGGACGUUCACCUCUGCUUAGUCUUCCAGCCGAAAUUCGUAAUACAAUAUUUGCGUACGCAUUGAGUGACAACAUAUUCCGAUGGGACGCGCAUGAGAAACGCCAUUUCAUCGAGGGGACGGGUAGAAAUCUAUUCGCCCUUCUUCGAACUUGCCGUCAGAUCUACGCUGAGACUGCUCCUAUCCCAUUUCGCGGCAAUACCUUUGAGUUCUGCUUCGAUUCAUUUAUGGAAGGCCAUUGGCAGAAACUAUUUAAAAUCUGGCAUCUGAUCACUUCGGUGCAUCUUGUAUGUCCGAUGAUAGGCCUUGUCUAUAACCCUAUGUGGCAUGGAAACCUGUACCUCUUGGAAAUAUGGAAGUUCUUGCCCUCCCUCACUCAGGUGAAAUUCGUCAUUGAUUAUUGGUUCGAUGGGAAACCAAGGCGCCUGAAAGGUUGGACUCGGUGCUGGCAAGGAUGGAUCAUUGACCACUUCGUCAGGAACGAACAGUUCCUUCGCGAAAGGAUUACGGACAAACAUUCCGAUCUAAACAUUACGACUGAAUGGCGGAUUGGCUUCCUCGGGGAUAGGGAUGUUGACCUCGCUUAUUCUGGAGCGUUAAUACGGGAAUCCAUUGAAUUCGACCAGUUCCUACUCGAAGCUUCAAAGUCAAAGAAGUAGUUCGGAACAAUUCCCGAGACAAGAGAAGCGGACAAUGCGUUGAUUUUGGAUUUUGGGGAUGGAAAUCAACAUCGACUACAAACUACCCUCAUCACUCAUGGCACGUGAAGGUUCGAAGAACAAGGACUGCAGUUCCCUGAUCCAAUGCCUUUUAUAUGCCCUCAAUACUCGGAAAACUCGAUUGUACACAUAAGUGCUCCAGCAUCUGCAUCUACGAUGACAUACGAAGAGAGGAUCGGAAAACUCAUCAGCAUGACUAUAUCAAAUUACAUUCAAC